ACCCCGAGCUCUACAAUGGAGAGAGGGGAAAUACUGGCGGUGUGUCUGCUGUGCUGGAGCUGCACUGUGUGUGUGGUUACAGCCAUCCAGAGGGCUGACAUGUUCCCUUAUGGCUCUAUGAGUGGAGACUUGAUUUUGGCAGAGGGCGACGAUGAAACCUCCAGAGUGCUGUCCCUGCCCAGACCCGUAUACUUCUACGACUCCCUCUUCUCCCAGCUAUAUGUGGCUACCAAUGGUAUCAUAUCAGCUCAGGAUCUGCCGAUGGAAAAGCAAUACGUUGAUGACGGCUUCCCCACAGAUUUCCCUGUGGUGGCUCCGUUUCUGGCUGACAUCGACACCAGCGGAGGGCGAGGACAGAUUUAUUACCGGGUGACCGAAACACCCAGUGUACUCAACAGAGUGGCCCAGGAAGUACAUCGAGGGUUCCCAGAUGCAAAAUUCACACCGACACAUGUUGUGGUUGCAACGUGGGAGAACGUUGCUGCGUACGAAGAACAAACUCGAACCACUGGACCUUCGAACAAGGUCAAUACGUUCCAGGCAGCAAUUGGUUACGAUGAGACCGAUUCGUAUGUUCUGUUCCUGUACCCUGAAGGUGGCCUGAACUACUUUGGGACACGCCCUAAGGAGUCUUAUAAUGUUGAGAUAGAGCUUCCUGCUAGAGUUGGCUUCAGCAGAGGAGAAAUCUCAUAUCUGAUAUUCUCUCGAACUGAGGGACCUCACUACAGCGUAACCAGCAAUGAGCAGAGUGUUAAAAACCUCUACCAGGUUGGUAAUACAGGAAUUCCAGGUGUCUGGCUUUUCCAUACUGGGAACCGUUACUCUUUCGACAACAUUGUUCCUGCAUCCAUCGGUGGCUUCCUUGUUACUCCACCAACUGGAGGACAUGGCCUCUCCCUGGACACCACCACCCCCGAGUACGGGGAGUUUGAGGAAUAUCCAGACAACACGUUUGACCCUGAAAACCAGGAGGAGGACGAUUACCCUCUUACAGGCGGGAACCCUGAAUUCCAGCCAGCCCCUGCUGGUGGUGUACACUCAGAGUCCCUCCGACCAGCAAGUCCUGAUGCUCCCUCCUCCUCUUCAGAGGAUUCUGGUCAUCAGGUGUCGUACGGCAGAAAAGAUGUGCCAUUGACCUCUGAACCCAGGUACAUUUCAGAGCCAGCAGAGAGGCCGUAUUCUCCCCCUAAUCCUUCAGAAAGAGUACUAGAGGGAGCUGAGCGGACUCAAGAACAACAACCACAGGUUCCUCUGGAGGUGGUGGAUGUCUAUCCCCCUCACAGAAAUGAAUCACCUCAUUCCCCCGGAGGUCAAGUGGUCAGCGUGGAUGAAGACGAUAUUGAUUUUGACACAGGAGUGAUUCAGUACACUACAGAGAAUAAGGAAACAUGUGCCAGAUUCCAACAGCAGUGCUCCCAGAAUGCAUUUUGUUCCGACUACGCCACAGGCUUCUGCUGUCACUGCCGCCCUGGAUUCUAUGGAAACGGACGCCACUGUCUACCCGACGGUGCUCCACAGCGUGUGAGCGGUAAGGUGAGCGGAACAGUGACCGUGGGUUCGACUCCGGUGGAGUUAAACAACAUUGAUCUUCACGCCUACAUCGUGGUGGGAGAUGGCAGAGCGUACACCGCCAUCAGUGAGGUUCCCGAGCCAGUGGGAUGGGCUCUGAUGCCACUCGCACCAAUCGGAGAGCUGUUUGGAUGGCUAUUUGCUCUGGAGCUGCCCAAUAGCCAAGCAGGAUUCAAAAUCAUAGGUGCUGAGUUCACUCGUCGUGCAGAGGUGAUCUUCUACCCUGGCAACCAACGCCUGUCAAUCAUCCAGACAGGCCGGGGCCUUGACGACCACCACCACCUCACUGUGGAUACUGUAAUCAAUGGCAACGUGCCCUUCCUGCCGCCUGGAGCUGAAGUUACCAUGGAUCCCUUCAAGGAGACGUACCAGUACUACCCAUCUGUUGCCACUUCCAGCUCUGUGAGGGAGUAUACUGUUGUUUCUGCAGAGCAGGGCUCAGAGUCCUUCUCCUUCCAGCUGAAGCAGAACAUCACCUACCGUGACUGUCGACAUGACAACCGUGCCGCUGUCCCGGAGACACUGCAGAUCACCAUGGAGAGGGUGUUUGUAAUGUACGUCAAGGAGGAGCGGAUCCUGAGAUACGCCAUCACCAACAAGAUCAGCCCAGUCGGAGUUGAGCCAACGGGGCCGGAGCUGGUCAACCCCUGCUACGCUGGGAGCCAUGACUGCGACACUACGGCCCAGUGCAUCCCACUGCAGGGCCAGGCCUUCCAGUGCCAGUGUGCUACCGGUUACAGAGGGGACGGACGCAACUGUUACGACACAGAUGAGUGUGCUGAGGGCUUGAGUUCCUGUGGUGCUCAUGCUCAGUGCGUGAACCUGCCUGGUAGCCACCGCUGUCAGUGCCAGAGUGGCUAUGAGUUUGGCUUUGACGGGCGUACAUGUGUCGAUAUAGAUGAAUGCAGCAACUCUCCAUGUCACGUCAGUGCCAGGUGUAUCAAUGGACUGGGUUCCUUCCAGUGUCAGUGCCAGCCUGGGUUUUAUGGGGAUGGUUUCUACUGUUCCCAGCAGGAAGGACAGACAGUUCGCCCGAGGAGCCAGUGUGAGCAGCACAGAGACAGCCUGCAGAGUGGAGCGGAGCGAGGCGGUCGACCGAGUCUCGGAGCCUUCAUCCCUCAGUGCGACUCUGACGGACGGUACCGACAACUGCAGUGUCACGGCUCUACUGGACAUUGUUGGUGUGUAGACGUCAGGGGACAGGAGAGAACAGGAACCAGGACUCCACCUGGUACUCAACCUAAAGACUGUGACAGACCAGAUGAACCAGAGCGUCCUAAAACUCACUGUGAGCACCACAGAGACGGUGUGCAGACCACCAGUCCAGAGGGAUAUCCUGUAGUAGGAGCCUAUGUACCUCAGUGUGACGCUAAUGGACAGUACACAUCACUACAGUGUCACGGUUCCACUGGACAUUGCUGGUGUGUGGACAGUAGAGGAAAGGAAAGAGCAGGAACCAGGACAUCACCAGGUGCACCACCAACAGACUGUGACAAACCUGAUGAACCAGAGCGUCCUAAAACUCACUGUGAGCAGCACAGAGACGGUGUACAGACCACCAGUCCAGAGGGAUAUCCUGUAGUAGGAGCCCAUGUACCUCAGUGUGACGCUAACGGACAGUACAGAUCAUUACAGUGCCACGGCUCCACUGGACAUUGUUGGUGUGUGGACAGUCGGGGGCAGGAGAGAACAGGAACCAGGACUCCACCUGGUACUCAACCUAAAGACUGUGACAGACCAGAUGAACCAGAACGUCCUAAAACCUACUGUGAGCAACACAGAGACGGUGUACAGACCACCAGUCCAGAGGGAUAUCCUGUAGUAGGAGUGUUCGUACCUCAGUGUGACACUAAUGGAGAGUACACAUCUCAACAGUGUCACGGCUCCACCGGACAUUGUUGGUGUGUGGACAAUAGAGGACAGGAGAGAACAGGAACCAGGACAUCACCUGGUACACAACCUAAAGACUGUGACAGACCAGAUGAACCAGAGCGUCCUAAAACUCACUGUGAGCACCACAGAGACGGUGUGCAGACCACCAGUCCAGAAGGAUACCCUGUAGUAGGAGCCCAUGUACCUCAGUGUGAUGCUAAUGGGCAGUACAUAUCACUGCAGUGUCACGGCUCUACUGGACAUUGUUGGUGUGUGGACAGUCGGGGGCAGGAGAGAGCAAGAACCAGGACUCCACCUGGUACUCAACCUAAAGACUGUGACAGACCCGAUGAACCAGAGCGUCCUAAAACUCACUGUGAGCACCACAGACACAGAGCUCAGACUACCAGUCAAGAGGGGUAUCCUGUAGUAGGAGUUUAUGUGCCCCAAUGCGACGAUGAAGGACAGUACCUACCACUGCAGUGCCACAGCUCCACUGGACAUUGCUGGUGUGUGGAUAGUAGGGGACAGGAGAGAACAGGAACCAGGACAUCACCUGGGACACAACCUAAAGACUGUGACAGACCAGAUGAACCAGAGCGUCCUAAAACUCCCUGUGAAGAGCACAGAGACGGUGUACAGACCACCAGUCCAGAGGGAUACCCUAUAGUAGGAGCCCAUGUACCUCGUUGUGACACAGAAGGACAAUACCUACCUCGACAGUGCCACGGCUCCACUGGACAUUGUUGGUGUGUGGACAGUAGGGGACAGGAGAGAACAGGAACCAGGACAUCACCUGGUGCAGCAUCUGUAGACUGUGACAGACCAGUCCCUGUGGCUCCGACACAGCACCCUGAGAGUGUGUGUGAGCGAUGGAGGGCCAGUUUGAUUGAGCACUAUGGUGGGAAACCAGAGGCACAACAAUACGUGCCUCAGUGCGAGCCAGAUGGACAAUUCAGUCCAGUCCAGUGUUAUGGAGAGACCACUUACUGCUGGUGUGUGGACCAGGACGGCCGGGAGGUUCCUGGUACCCGCUCACAUGAUGUGGUCAAACCAGCAUGCCUUCCCUCAGUGGCCCCGCCCACCGCGCGCCCAUUACCCCGCCCAGAUGUGACCCCUCCUCCAAACACUGACAUCACACUGCUGUACGCUCAGGGACAGAAGAUAGGAGCACUACCUCUCAACGGGACCAGACUGGAUCCAACCCGGUCUAAAACACUACUGACUCUACAUGGUUCCAUAGUUGUUGGUAUAGCCUAUGACUGCAAAGACAACCAAGUCUAUUGGACAGAUUUGUCUGCAAGAACAAUCAACAGAGCUUUGAUGGCAGCUGGUGCCGAGCCAGAGAUUCUCAUUAACACGAAUCUGGUCAGUCCGGAAGGUUUGGCGGUGGAUGUCAAACGUAGGUUGAUGUUCUGGGUCGACUCAAACCCUGACAUGAUCGAAAGCGCCAACCUGGACGGCAGUGGGAGGCGGACGCUGUUUGACACAGACCUGGUCAACCCUCGAGCCAUCAUAGUGGUCUCGUCCACCGGUACUCUGUAUUGGACGGACUGGAACCGAGAGGCUCCAAAGAUCGAGAGUUCGUCGGUGGACGGUCAGAACCGCAGGGUGGUGGUGUCUGACGGGAUCGGGCUGCCAAACGCUCUGACGUACGACUCUUCUUCUGCUCAAGUCUGCUGGGCCGAUGCAGGUACGAAGCGGUUAGAGUGUGUGUCCCCGGAUGGUUCCGGUCGAAGAGUGGUCCACCCCAGCCUCAACUACCCGUUCAGCAUGGUCUACUACAGGGGCCACUUCUACUACACUGACUGGAGGAGGGACGGAGUGAUCGCAGUGAGCAAAGACAGCAGUCAGAUCACUGAUGAAUUCCUGCCCGACCAGCGCUCUCACCUGUACGGCAUCGCCAUAGCAACCACCCACUGUCUAUCAGGGAGCCACUAACGACAGACCGGCAGCUGCAGGGUCCUUUGGUGCUGAAGUUCUGGGACGAUUCCUGAUCAGAGGGGAGGACCACCUUAAGAAGUCUCUCCAGUGUCCCUCCGAAGAAAGAGGACACUCAGCGGGGCGCAGGAUGGCUUCCUGCUGCCAGAUCUACCGUCAGAGCAAAUUUACAACCCCUCCACUCACCCCGCCCCGCCCCGCCCCCAUUAUCUCACCAUAAAGAUAUAACCCCAAAAUAAUGUUUUGUAAAUUUGUUUUAUACCUCAUUUGUUUUGUUUUUUACUGUAUUUUUGUAUGCAAAUUGUUUUUGUUUUUCUAUCGAUUAAAGCUACAGAACAAUGAAAUCAGAUUUUAAAAUGUAUGAGGCUGAAGAGACUUUAAACUGUUGGAGACAAAGUUCUGUCAUUCUUUAGCUGUGGAAAAAGAAAUACUCAAGACGAGUUCAAUGAGAAGAUUGAUCCCACUCUCAUUUUCCAGUUCCAUAAAGUAUGCUGAAUGGAACAUAAUUGACUGAAAUAGGUUUUGUAAUCAGAUUACUGUAAUCUGAUUCUCUGUAAUCCAUUUCCCAGUCAGAUCACAGCGACUACAGUCCUGCCAUAUCUCUGCACUUAUAAUCUGUAUUUCACACACGAUGAAAGGAUGUUACAUUCUUUUUUUUUUUUGCCAAAUAUUUUUUACUACUACUACUACUUUUUAAAUCUUUAUCUUUUUAUAAGAUGUGAUAUUUAUAACAAUAAAAUGUGAUUUGGUACUUGA